GUUAGUGCGUGAGUUGGUCGACAGAAGGCGUGUCGAGCGAUCUCCAUGAUCUCGUGCGUGCGCUGCGGCAGCUGACACGAGCUGGAUGACAUGUCCGCGAAGAAGCACUCGCCGCAACCGAAGCGGUCGGAGGCGCUGAGCGGGCGGCUGAGCAAGUCUGCGUCGGAGCUAUCAUGUUCAUCCCCGCAAAGCGGACCAGCGCCGCCACGUGCGCGCUCCGCACACCACCACGCGCCGCUCUCGGUUGUACACCGCACGCAUCACUUCUUCACCAACUUAAAGAGUCGGUGGCAGAGGAGUCGUAGUCGCGAGCGGUGUCCGGCGGGGACAACGUUUUCGUUGGCGCCGGGGCCCGACAGCAGCGGCAAUGAGUACGCCGACCACAGCUCCGAGCACAGCACGCCCGCGCACUCGCCACGGCAUCGGAUAAAGAAAGAUUUGUCAACAACUCGUCAACUAUCGAUCGAUCAACCGUCAACAUCUGGUACACCUGCACACCUACAACGGCCCAUACCUGCCGACUUACAACUGGAACCAGACGAAGGGCAAAAAUUAAGGGAACAACAAUUAAGACAAUUCGCAUUCUUCCAACUUAGGGUACAUUUAAAAAGAGGCCAAAAUUUAGUCGCCAUGGAUAAAAGCGGUUUGUUAUCAGGCACCAGUGACCCGUACGUGAAAUUCAAGGCUGGCGGCAGACUGUUGCACAAAUCGAGAAUAGUGUAUAGAGACCUUAAUCCAGUAUGGGAUGAAUGCUUCACCGUACCAAUAGAGGAUCCAUUCGUACCAGUACAACUUAAGGUGUUUGAUUACGACUGGGGUCUACAAGAUGACUUCAUGGGGAUGUGCUAUUUGGAUCUGACAGCGUUGGAACUCGGCAGAACCCAGGAUCUGGUACUCUGUCUACAAGAUCCGAACAAACCGAACCAGGAUAUGGGAGAGAUUGUGUUGAAUGUCACGCUAUGGCCAAAGUCACAGGAAGAUAAAGACCAGUAUCUUUUAAAGAAUACAAGACUAAGUGACGUAAAUAAGCGACUAAAGGCGCAGAUAUGGAGCUCGGUGGUGACAAUAGUUCUUGUGGAGGCAAAGAAUCUUCAGGCAAUGGACGUUGAUACGAGAUCCAGUGAUCCUUAUUGCAAAUUUAGGUUAGGUAAUGAAAAAUAUAAAAGUAAAGUAGUAUGGAAGUCGCUUCAUCCAUCAUGGCUUGAACAGUUCGACUUGCAUCUCUAUGACGAUCAGGAGCAAAUAUUAGAAGUGACUGUAUGGGACAAGGAUAAACAGACUAAAGACGACUUUUUAGGGAGAUGUACAAUAGAUCUAUCAACAUUAGAAAGAGAGAAGACUCAUAAUAUAUGGCAGGAUUUAGAAGAUGGCAAUGGACAGAUAUUUCUAUUAUUAACAAUAAGUGGUACCACGCAAUCAGAAACUAUUACGGAUUUAACUAGUUAUAAAGAAAAUCCUAGAGAUAUUGAAAUAAUAGAGAGGAGAUAUGCUUGGUAUCGACUUAACGAACACUCGAGUGGUGUCGGCUGGUUGUGUGUCAAAGUAUACGGCGCCAAGGGUCUAGCUGCCGCAGAUUUGGGAGGCAAGUCAGACCCCUUCUGUGUACUUGAGCUGGGCAACGCUAGAUUACAAACGCACACCGAAUAUAAAACGUUAACGCCGAAUUGGAUGAAGAUAUUCACUUUUACAGUCAAAGACAUCACAUCAAUAUUAGAAAUUACUGUCUAUGAUGAAGAUCAUGACCAUAAAGUAGAGUUCCUAGGUAAACUGGCAAUACCGCUAUUGAACAUACGGAAUGGUGAGAAAAGAUGGUUCGCACUCAAAGACAAGAAGAUGAGAGCCAGAGCAAAAGGGAAUUAUCCACAGAUAUUGUUGGAGAUGACGGUUAUAUGGAAUCCGCUAAAAGCUGCAAUAAGAGUAAUAAAUCCAAAGGAACCAAAAUAUAUGCAUCUGGAAUCAAAAUUCAAACGCCAACUGUUUAUAAGAAAUGUGAUGAGGCUUAAGGCUAUUAUAAUGUGGUUCAUUGAAGUCGGCAAAAUUUUACAAGACUGUUUCGAAUGGGAAUCUAGAUUGAGAUCGUUCCUAGGUCUGUUAGCGUGGCUCGCCUUUUGUUACUAUUAUGAGAUGUGGAUGUUGCCGUUUCUACUUCUAGUCUUUUUCUCAAGGAAUUGGCUCAUCUAUAGACUUACUGUUCGUUUAAAAAGUUUCCGGAAUAACCCGUGGAGGUUUAUACAGAACAUUUUCGGUAGAGGUAAUCCUUUAUUAUUACCAGUUGAUGAUGAAGACUUACUGGCUGAAGAAGAUGAUGAAGAAGAGGUUGAUAAGGAGGAGAAGAAAUCGUUAAAAGAGAGAUUGCAAGCUAUACAAGAAGUCACACAAACUGUGCAAAAUGCGAUUGGUUACGUCGCUUCUCUGGGAGAGGCUGUUAAAAACUUGAUGAACUUCACGGUGCCAUGUCUUAGUUAUCUAGCUAUAUUAAUGUUAUUUGGAGCUAUGUUGGUAUUAUAUGUGAUACCACUGCGAUACCUCCUGAUGGCUUGGGGUGUAAAUAAAUUCACUAGAAAAAUCCUCAGACCACACACAAUACCGAAUAAUGAGGUUAUAGAUCUGUUAUCACGAGUACCAGAUGACGAAAUAUUGCUUGAUUGUAGAGAACUUAAACCUCAUCCUCCGAACGAAGCACGAAGGGACGCAAGAAAAAAACACAAAGCCGCCUAAACUACAGAUUAUAUUAUCUAGUCAAGAAGAUUAAUGAUCAUAGACAAUUUGAUAAAGCAAUGUUGUUAGCUUUUUCUAAAACUACUAAAUGGUAACUUUUUUAAAGUAGUGCUGCGAGUGUCGUUGAAAUGUAUUUUAACAACGCAAAAGUUUAAAUCACAAAGAGGUGCGAACAUUUUUCAUUAACCAAGAGGAAAAAGUUGUUGUUGAAAUAUAUAAUAUUACCAUUGAUAAGUUUAAUGGUAUAUACAUUUUCAAUAAAUUGCGCUGACAUGUAGCAGCAAUGCACAACGGUCUGUAGACUGAAGAUCUGAUUAUUAUAGAGUUGUAAUUUAUCAUUUACUUUUAUUAAUCAUUUGGUAUAUAAAUUAAUAUAAAUCAAUCGUCCACGUAUUGAAUACCAUUAUUAGAUAGGAAGAUAUCAUUGUAUUAAAAAACUUUACUAUAGUUUUAUUUAACUUGCUGUCUCUUGU